UUUUUUUUUUUAAGAGACAGUUUCUUAGCUCAGGCUGACCUAGAACAUAACUAAUUAGCCUAUGCAUAGCCCAGGCUAGCCUUGAACCUAUGAAAUCUUCUUAUUCACCUUUUGAGUUCCAAGAUUACAGGCAUUCUUAUUUUAAUUUUUAUCAUGUGAUCUGUGAUUUACUUUAGGGAAUGUGUAGUAUAUAUGUUCUUGGUAUGUAGCCUUGGUAAGCUUCAGAGAUGAGAACCUCUUGUCUCAGCUUCUCUCUUGCUAAGAUACAGCAAUGUGCCCAGCUCUAUCACCUUUAAUGGGCUUUAAGGAAUGUUUUGAUAUUCAUGGUGGUUGAAGAGUAAAGAAUAAUGUUUGAAAGAAUUUUUUUUAAUUAGAAAUAAGAGGUGAGUUCUUACUUGUGUAGUAUUUUCUGACCUUAGUUGCUUGCUUUAGUAGUUAAAUAUUUUUGUUCUUUUACAAAGAAAAAUAUGAUUAAAGGGCAGAAAUUGAAUUUUACUGCCUUAAACAGUCUAUAUUUUAAAUAAAUCCAUAGCCUAUGCUUAUGUCAGUAUACAAUGUUGGGCUGUGAUAUACACUUAGAACUUCUGUGUCCAUUUAAAAAUAAUCCAGUUGGGCCAGCAUGGUAGCACAUGCCUUUAGUCCAGUCACUUCUGGAAGUCGAAGACCUUCCUUCCCUGCUCUGACUUUUUAGGUUAUUUGCUAUCACUCUGUGUCUGCCAGGUAGUAUUUAUAAUGCUUGUGUGUGUGUGUGUGUGUGUGUGUGUGUGUGUGUAAUCCUGUUUCUCAUUGCUGAUCUGUGAACAUUACUUUUACCCUAGGCUUUCAGAAGGAUAAAGUGUGGUCCAUAAAAGGUGGCUUAGGUACUAGAGGCUCCUUGGCUUACUGCAGUCUUGUGUGGAAGGUCUGGGAUUCAGUCUCAGUCUGCUCUUGAGAGGCCAUUUUUGUAGUUAUUUUACUGCCACUCAGAUGUCUUCUGGCUGAGUGCUGGAGGUAUAGGUAUAAAUAACCUGAGGUGUGUUUUAAUCUCAUGGAACUUAAAUGUAUUUGUAUUUAUAAAUGUAUUAUAAUUUUUUAUUCUAAAUAAAGUCUAAAUAGUAUACAUAUUUUGGAAAAAAUAUAGUCAGGUAACCUUGUAUCUAGCAUAUUGCCAUGUUAAUGUCAUUAUUACUUAAAAACUACUUUCAUCAUGGGUGUACCAUAAUUUAAGCAAUCCCCCUUUGCUGGCAGGAAUUUUCCAUGCCUUUUCUACUCGGUAGCAGUGAAUGUGGAACACCUUGUCUUCAUAUUACUAUGUGGGGUUUGAUGAAAUCAUAAACAUUUCAAGUUUUUGACAUCUGAUUUUACUUGGAUACCUGAAAUUUAUACUUUAGCAGUAGCUUGUUGUCUUCAUAACCUUUGUGCUGUAUAAUUGUUUUUAUAAUUAUUGUGUGUUAUAAAUUCAAUCGUCAAAACUAAACCAAACAAAAUACAGUUGUCCUGUAGUAUUUGGUUCCAGGAUCUCUCUUAGAUGCCAGAAUUCAUGGAGUCACAAGUUUUUAUAGUUACUGGGUAUAGUUGUAUCUAUCUGAUCUACAUAUACUACUACACACUAAAAGUCAUCUCUAGCUUACUUACAACAGCUAAUGCGGUGUAAAGCUAUCAAGUGUGGUCACACUGUAUUGUUGUUUUUUUUAAGAUUUAUUUAUUAAUUUAUUUUAUGUUUAUGAGUACACUGCAGCUGUACAGAUGGUUAUGAGCCUUCAUGUGGUUGUUGGGAAUUGAAUUUUAGGAUCUCUGCUUGCUCCGGUCAACCCCGCUCACUCAGUCCCUGCUCCCUCUGUCCCAAAGAUUUAUUUAUUAUUAUACAUAAAUACACUGUAGCUGUCAGAUCUUAUUACAGGUGGUUGUGAGCUGGGAAUUGAACUCAACCUUUGGAAGAGCAGUCAGUGCUCUUACCUGCUGAGCCAUCUUGCUAGCCCCACUGUAUUGUUUUAAAAGACAAGUCUGGAUAUAGUAAAUACAGACUAAAUAUUCCUCAUAUUUAAAAGAUUCUGUUCUUCAAAUUAUGUGUAGUGUGUACACAGGCAUGUGCACAUGAGUAUAGGUACUUUUAGAGACCAGAGUCUAGAUCCCUUGGAACUGAAUGCCCUGCCUGUACUGGAAGUUAAGCCCCUGAGCCACAUUUCCAGUUCUGUUCUAGAAUAUCUUUUAUCCUGAUAGGUUAGUUCUCAUGUGCUGACAUGGAACCCUCAGAUACAGAGGGUCAUUUGUAACCAAAAUUCAAUUGUCAAGAAGGAUGCCUUAUUUAUUGAUAUAAUUUUCUUUUUAAAUUGUUGCUGUCCUGAUACUUUCAUCACAGAAUGUCUUCAUGUAUACAAAGUUGUUCAUUAUAAAUAUGUAUCAGUACAAUUAAGCAUAACCUCCAAGAUUCCCAAUAUCCUGAGUUAAUUUUUUUAUUUUUAUUUAUUUUUAUUUUUAUAUUUUGGUUUUUGAGACAAGGUUUCUCUGUAUUGUCCUAGCUGUCCUGGAACUCACUCUGUAGACCAAGCUGGCCUUGAACUCAGAGAUUCACAUGCCUCUGCCUCCCAAGGGCUGGGAUUAAAGGCAUGCACUACCACUGCCCAGCCUGAGUUAAUUUUUAAGAAUGUAAAAGUGGAUAUGUCAGCUAUAUUUUAGAGUCCUAAUAUCUUUUGGCAACGUGUUUUUCCCCAUCCCACCUGGAAGAGUCAUUGAUAAAUAUUUUCAUUCAUGUUGAGGAGAUACUUGUGCCUACUGUAUUUUAGAGAAUGCCACACAUGCUCUGCAUCAUUUAGCUGACAUUCAUGUGCUCAGAAUAAACAUGCUAUGCCACAUUAUCACUUGGUAUUUAUUAGUGCUUGCUGUAUUUGAGACAUUGUUAAGGAACAGUUUUAUGAAAGUAAAAUCAAAAGUAGGAUGUAAAAACUGGCAUGAAGAUGUGUUUCUGUAUCUCCUGAAAGAAGAUGAAGUGAAACAUCACGUAGACAUUUGCAUAGGCUCUUUCAUAUUUAUUAAUAUUACAAUAAAGUUGUUACAACUAAGGGUGAGAAUUUUUUUAUGAAUAUUCUUGUUACUGUCUGCUAUUUUGGACUUGGCUUUUACAGUGAGUUUUGCCUAAGACAUGUUGUUUUUUUGUUAAGUAAUUUUUUUUUUUUGAGACAGUCUAACUAUGUAGCUCUGGUUAGCCUGGAAUUUAGAGAUCUGUCUGCUUCUGCCUAUGCCUCCCGACUGCUGGGAUUAAAGGUGCAUCGCCAGGCCUGCCUUGGAGAAGAUAUUUUAAAAUGAUCUUUUUAUUUUCUUGUUGUAGAUUUUUAAACCCUUGAUUGCGAUAAUUCUGUGAGAAUUUUUCAGCUGUAGUGAAGACAACAUAGAGUGUCUUGGUUUCUUGUUUGUUACCAAACAUUGGCAUAGUUAAUUUUUUUUUUUAAUCCUGCCAGUGGUUUUGGAAUAAGUAGAGUUUCUGUUCUGAUCUUGAAUUGCCUAGGUGUUUCCUGGAGUGAAUUUGUGAGGUUUUUGCUGAUUGAUGCAUGUGGUCUUCUUUUAGUGUCCUCACUAUCAGAGGCUCUGUUUGUCCCCACUUUGUCAUCUCUGUAACUUACGAGUAUAACGUCACCAUUCACAUUGAUUUUUCUUGCAAGGAUAGGAUUUGACCAUUGGACAAGCUGAGGAAAUGUCUCUGCAUCUGCCUUUCAAGGUCACUUUUUUGGGAAGGGUGUUCAUGUUCACUUUUGAUUGGACAGCUACCAUUUAGCAAAAGCUACCUGAUUUAAACUUUUUCAUAUUCAUUUUUAUUAUUUUAUAUGUAUAACUGUCUUGCCCAUAUAUUUGUAUAUGCGUACCAUGUGUAUACCUGGUGCCUGUGUUGGUUAGAAACAGGCAUUAGUUCUCCUGGGACUGGAGUUACAAUUGUGAGCUGCCAUUUGGGUGCUGGGAGUCAAGCCCAGAUCCUCUUGUUGCAAAAUCAACAAGUGUUCUUAAACAUUGAACCAGCUUUUUAGUCCCCAAGUCAGAUAGUUUAAAGCAACGAUAAAAGGUCAAGUGUAUCACUUCAUGAGAAAAUUGGAUUUCAUUAGUAGGCACCAAGCUUCUGACUUAAUUAAAUAUAAUUGCUGUCAUUCUAGUGGUUUAUUAAAUAUGCAUACAGACUCUUGGUAUAACAUACAAGCUAUAUGAUUUUAAGUAUAAAACUGAUCAACCUUUACAUGAGAAGCAAUUAUAUAAUUACAUUAUAUAACCAUAUCAUGACUUGGUUUCUUCUAGUUAUUUCUAGGAGAAAAUUACUGUAUCAAUGCUAGGAUAGGUUUUAUAUUUGGGAAUUAGAUCAAUGACUGUCCUAUAAGAUUCAGCAGCUGUGUGGGUUAACAAAUUAAAGAUGGCAUCCAAGAACACCCAACUGUGUUGACGAUGCAUUAAGGGAUGAAAACACAAUACUUAUUCUUGGAUUAGUUUGAUUAAAAAUGAGCCCAAGUCUGAAUUCUCCAUGUGAGUCCUGUAUCUUCUCCCUAUCUGCAGUGUGUGUUUACUCAUCUCUCUGGAAUCUUUUUUGCUGUGUCCAUGCUUGCCUUGAUGUCUAACUGUCCCUGUGUCUAUAUCCAUGUGUCCUCACUGCUGUCCCUCACAAAGGGCUUUGCCUUGAACUUGUUGAACAGUACAGAAAGCAUGCAUAGAAAAGGGAUGAGGAAUUCUUUACAGAAAUAUUGAACAGCUUUAUAAGGGCAGAAACUUUUCUGAUCCCAGACUGACCAGGAAGCACUUAGAAAAAUGAAACAUCUAUAAACACAUUUUAAAGUUACAUCUAGAAGUUGCUUACAACAUGGAUGACCAGUAAUUGUUGUUUAAGGUUACUUCCAACGUGUAAGCUGCUUUCAGCAAAUGAUCACCACAACACACACACAAUUCUGGGUUGGGGGCAUAGAAGAGUACAUAAUUUAAGAUGAAAGAUAUGCAUUAGCUGAGGUUAUCAAAAGUAUAGUAAGGUGUCCCCCACCCCCUCUAACUUCUGUUUAGUUCUGGCUGUACUGGAACUCCCUUCGUAGGCCAGGCUGGCCUUGAAUUCAGAGAUUGCCCUGGCUCUGCCUCCUGAGUGCUGGGAUAAAAGGCAUGUGCUACCAUGUCCAGCUAUAGUAAUUUUCUCUUAAAGGCAGUUUAAACUUAAACCAGCUGAGUGCACAGCAGUAUAGCGGGUACAUAGUCUUAAGCGAUCUCAAGCAACAGUAAUUGACUUUACUUUGAUCUGUGAGCCCACCAGUUCAUCCUCUGGAUCAAGUAUUCUUAUGAAACUGUAUCACUACAGGCAGCUCAUCUACAUCUCUUUGUGUCCUAGUCUCUUACCUGUCAAAGGAGGGGUCAGGAUGUUGUGGGCUGCCAUUAAGUGUUUGACAUUGUACUGAAAAACACACACCAACUCUACAGUGGGACAUUCUGAAAUUCUAGCUAUAAAAUUCAAUGUAAUUUCUACAUGUAUUUUCUUUAGGCCAGUCAAUUGAGUGCAGAUGCUGCCUGUUUUAAAAACAGGGCUCUUCUACAGAAUGAGGCAAUGAGGAAGUCCAGUAGACCUAUACUUUUAUUCUUUGUUCUCUGUUGGACUUAUAUUUUUGCUGGCUUGGCCAGUGGCUUACUCCCCCUUCUCAGUGGAAGAGGAACUGGGUCAGCAGCACUCACCUGGUACCCUGCGUGUAGGAUACAUUUAUUUGCAGGAGCACAGCAUUCUUCCAGGAGGGGACACACACGUGCACAGAAGCACCCAUACUAGCUUGUUCUGAGCAGGAGUGGGAGGCCCUGGAGGCCACUAACACCGCAAAAAUCAUUAGUUUGAAAAGAUGCUGUGGCUGCAGACAGGAAUUUCAUUGGACCAGGUCCUUUGGUUCUGUGUUUUUCAUUAGUUUGUUUUACCCUGGUUGAGAUCUUUCUUAUAUGUAGUGCAUUAUCAGCUUUCAAUAGAAUAACUGCAUUGUAAUCUGUGUUUUUGCAAAAAUACAAAUCUUAGUAAUGUGUCAUCAUCUGACACUGGACUUGAAAUAUUUAGAAACAGGAGUAGAUUCACUUUCUCCUUAGCAUAGACUUAGCCCAGCUCCAUCCUUCACCAGGCCUUCAUAUGCCCAGAGUCUUAACAGCCUUUCUCAUUUACUCUCUUCAGAAACUUGCUUUAUGGCCUAGUUUCAUUAAAAGUUUCCUGACUGAUCAUCCUAAAAUAACUUAACUUGCUUCAUGACAGUAAAUGUGUAUAUUCAUUGAUAAGUUAUCGGUAUUGUUUGUUCAAUACAAGUUGCAGUAUUCUUUUAUGAAGUAUUUGUUUUGUAUUUUAAAAAGGUAGGUCAGAGUGAAGAGAAAGGCCAGAUGUCUGCCAGGGUGCUCACAGAGCGACACUGAAGCCAUUCUGAGGUGUAGAUUUCUCUUUAUUUUACAUCACCUGACAAAGACCUCUGUGACCAAGUCCCACCUCCAUACAAGCCCACUUCUACACAAGCCUGACCUCCGCACAAGCAAGCAAGCAGACAGUUUCUAUCCACCCGGCUGCUAGUUCAGUCUGUUCUGAUACUUCCUUUCCCAGAAGUAGUAGUGUUAGGACACAGGUUGAGGAUACAGCCUCCAAGACUGCUCCUUCCUUCCCCUUCAGACUCCAGGCAUACACUCUGGGUUGUUACCUAUGCUUAUGAUAGACAAACUGAUCAGCAGAGUUCCCAUGAUCCUCUCUGAGUACAUUAGUGUUAAAGAGUAUUUCCCAGGACUCGUGUGGGCAGCACUAAAUAGUGCUCAUUGGUUGAUUAUGAAGGGCUUUUAUAAAGAAUAUUGAUGACGAAGAUGAAGAGAUGAAUGUGACAAUAGGUAGAGGAAGCAGACACAAAUUUGUGCUGGGCAAUGGUGGCACAUGCCUUUAAUCCCAGCACUAUCCCAGCACUUGGGAGGCAGAGGCAGGCAGAUUUCUGCCUGAGUUUGAGACCAGCCUGGUCUACAGAGUGAGUUCCAGCCAGAACUAUACAGAGAAACCCUGUCUGGGGGGAGACAAACACAAAUUGUAGGACGGGUAGAGAAACAUCUAUAUAAAGCAAGUGCUGCAGUGACUCCUUGCCUUCCUAAUUCAUAGAAAACACAGUUUUAACACAGCAGUUAACAGUGCACUACACUUAAGUCCUUAUUUAUUUUUUGUUUUUAAGUUAUUAAAAUUAUAAGACUAUCAAUUCAAAUGGAUGCAUUAUAGUUCUUCAGAACCAUUAUGGUCUCAAAAUGAAAGAAUGAUACAGAUGCACUGUCUAAGGUGUUUUGAGGUGCUUCGAAGUGUUUCAAGCUGUUGACUUACCUUAACAUGUUCUUGAAGUACCAUGGCAUGAUUAGAAGGUUUGCUUUUAGAGAUCUCUCAGUGACCCAGUGGUCAUGGGCAUAAUCAACACUUAAUUCUUUACUUUUUUUAUAUUUUAAAAUACUAUAAUAUUUAGAUCACAGGUAUGUUUAUGGAUAUUUAGUGUGGUUUUACUGUUAGAAUCACAAACUUUAAUGACCGACUGUUUUUUCCCCCUUUUUUGACAUAAGUUUGUGGAGGACAGGGUAGAUGCUCUCCUUAGGUAUUUGUAAAAGCUAUAAUUUCUUUCAUCAAAUAGUAGUUUAGAGAUAAUAUAACCUUUUUUUUCUAGUUUUUUCUUUCUUUUUUUAUUGAUUAUUUGGGAUCUCACAUCAUGCACUCUGAGCACAGUCUUCUCCCAGGCCUCCCUCCCAUGUCCACCCCUUCUCAUGUGUAAUUCCCCUUCCCCAAAAGAAAAGGGGGGAAAAGGCUGUUUUGUGUUGUCCGUAUACUCACUGGAGCAUGGUCAAACUCCUAGUGACCAUCCUCCCAAGGGAAGGCUAGUCUUUCUCUACCCUGCCAGAACCCAUCGACUGGAGACUUGUGUGAAUGUGUACGUUGUGGGGUGUGGGGGUGUGGCAAUGGUCAGGGGCAGCUCUCCUGCCCAAGCACCAUGCUGGGCACAUAACUAAUCUUAGUUAUGUUUUAGUCUAUAAUUAUCCUAAAACUACUAUCAUAGACUAGUUCUCUACAAUGCUGUCAUUAAACAGUUUGUAAGUUCUUCAUUUAGGGUAUUAAUGUUGCCAAAUUUUGUAGAACAGUAUUACCCUUUAUGGAAGGGAAAAAUUAUUUAGAGGAAAAUGAAUGAUUUAAAAAAAAUAAUAUUGUGAGUUCAUGAAUGUAAGAAUGCAGCUAAUCAUACAUAUGUUCAUAAUAUGUAGUCUUGUAGUUACUUCUGGUUUCUAGGAGUGGUCAGUACCUACUUACCUACUUUUUCCUUAAGGGUCUUUAUGGUUUUUAUGUUCAUAAAAUUUUACUUUCAUGAUGUAAAAUUUAUGUCAUUAUUUUAAAUCUUGGAAUCUAGUUUUUUUGUGCUGUGGUUGGUUGCUCAUGAGUUUAUUUUGUAUAUUGCAGUGAAGGAAUUUGGGGGGCAGCACCGAGUUUAUUAAUGUUUUAUCAGAUUUAGAAUUGUUUGUCUUUUCCAACAUGAAGGAAAAUGUGUAGACCAUUGGAAAGAUAAAGGUAUAAACCAAGGACCAACAGGUUGAAUGGAAACACACUGAUGAUACAGGCCAUGGCUUCAUUGGGCUGCAUAAGCAGGAUCCUCUGGUAUGUUAGUUGCUAAGGUACUACGGAAAUUUCCUUCUUGGAGCCAGGACAACUGCUUCAUAUUAAAGUCUAGUUGGUGAUGACAGUGAUCAAAUCAUGAUCCAAGGUAGUCAUCUGGUUAUGAGCCAAGGCAGUCAUUCAUUUGAACCUAACGUUAUCACUUAUCUACCUUCCAAAAGAUGCUCUCCUCCGUGAUGCUUUCAAGAUGGUACUCAUUACCUUGUUUACAAAAUAGGUUUCUCUAUGAAUGAACCUUGCUAUUCUAAGUCAAGGUUUUAUUUCUAGAAGGCUUGCACUAGGACUCCAUUUGUUGUUUUGUUUGAAGUUGCGAGAGGAUCUUAGUGCUCUGGCAAAGUUGGCAGUUUUUCUUCCUGGUAGAAAACUGGUGUAAGUACUUUGGUGUCUGUCCUAAGUUUCAUAUUGAGAUUUCCUUGUUAUCUUGGCAGGUUAUAAAAAUAAUCUGAAAAACACAAAUUUACACAUUAAAGUAUAUAUAUAGCUAUGUUGUAUAAUUUACAUUUCAUAUUUAAAUGAUUGCAUGCAUAUGAAGGGUUGGCCAGUAAGAAUCAAUGGCAGAGAGAGAAUUAUUAAAUGUGAAAUCAACACUCAAGGUACAAUUUUCUAUUCUGUUCUGAAUCUUGUGUAGUUUUUCCAGUGACCUUCCUACAGUUAAAAGCCAUCAUCGAUUGGUGUUUCAGUUUGAGCUUUUUCUUGUUUGGCACUGAAGCCACCGGGGACUGGUAAAUUGUCUGUGAUGCACUUACUUUGCUACGGUAACUUUGAUGUUCUCUGAAGUUCUGUGUUUUAAAUUGUGAGUUUCAGCCUGUUAGUUAGUUGGCCAAGAAGGUAAGUGGGUUAUGACCAUUAUUGAAAAAAUACCGUAUGGCAAAAAUAAGGAGCCUAUUGAAUAAAGAAAAUGACUUAUUCGUGUUUUAAAAAUUAUAUUUCAAUUCUUAAAAUGUCAAUAAAAACUAUAUACACACCUAUGAUUUUGUGGUCUUUCAUAAGCUUUAGUUAGUUGUAUUCUUCCAUAGCCACAAAAUCCUUAUGAGUGGUAUUGUUUUUGCAUGCUCUUGCUUUGCUGAAAAGAAAUGAGCAGAGUAUGUUUGUCUGCCUGGGGCUUUUAGUGAUCUGUUUGCCAUACCCUCCACAUUGCCUGUAGGGAUCCCCUUACAUACAUGUGUUGUGUAAGUAAGAUAUAGGAGCCUGUAGGGAGUAGAAGGGAAUGGGAAAACAGUGCAGCGCUGGGUCUUGAUGGUGUUAGCCAAGCCUGUUUUAUCAGCUACAGCUGUUUGGGGGCUACCCUCAUUCCUGUAAGUCACCCUGUGCCCAUGCUUUAUAAGUAAGCUCAAGAAACUCACUGGUUUGCCAAGCUGGACUUUGGAAGAGUCAAGUUUUGGAUGCCAUUGGUUCCCUUUCUGGUAGGAAGAGAUCUUUGUUAAUUAUCUCCACAGCUGUUAUCUAUAGAUAUUCGAGGACGUGUUGUUAGUAGGGAGUGUUGUAUGGUGAAAGCAUGUGGAUUUGGGGUUUGGAAGCGUUUGAUUUCUUUAUUACUUUCCUCCUUGACUCCAGACAAUGCCGUCGAUUUCUGUCUUCAGUAGCAUUGCUUAGCUUUCAUCAUGAAGAGGGUUGAUUUCCCCUACUUUGCGAGGUUUACCUACCCAUUUUCAGCAUCCAUGCUGCUGGGAGCCGUGGCAUUUACUUCUUCAGAGAUGUGUUCCUUUUCUUUGGCGUCACAAAUGCACCAUAACAUCUUGUCUAUUUGGAAGUUUGGUGAGCGGCCUCCACCCAAACGACUCACUAGGGAAGCUAUGCGAAAUUAUUUAAAAGAACGAGGGGAUCAAACAGUGCUCAUUCUUCAUGCAAAAGUUGCACAGAAGUCUUACGGAAAUGAAAAACGAUUUUUUUGCCCUCCUCCUUGUGUGUAUCUUAUGGGCAGUGGUUGGAAGAAAAAAAAAGAGCAAAUGGAACGAGAUGGAUGUUCUGAACAAGAGUCUCAACCCUGUGCGUUUAUUGGAAUAGGAAACAGUGACCAAGAAAUGCAGCAGCUGAACUUGGAAGGGAAGAACUACUGUACAGCCAAAACAUUGUACAUAUCUGAUUCAGACAAGAGAAAACAUUUCAUGUUGUCUGUAAAGAUGUUCUAUGGCAACAGCGAUGACAUUGGUGUGUUCCUCAGCAAGCGGAUAAAGGUCAUCUCCAAACCCUCCAAAAAGAAGCAGUCACUGAAGAAUGCUGACUUGUGCAUUGCUUCAGGAACGAAGGUGGCACUGUUCAAUCGCCUUCGGUCCCAGACAGUUAGUACCAGGUACCUGCAUGUAGAAGGAGGGAAUUUCCACGCCAGUUCACAACAGUGGGGAGCAUUUUACAUCCAUCUCUUGGACGACGACGAGUCGGAAGGAGAGGAGUUCACAGUUAGAGAUGGCUACAUCCAUUACGGGCAGACUGUCAAGCUUGUGUGCUCAGUGACUGGCAUGGCACUCCCAAGAUUGAUAAUUAGGAAAGUUGAUAAGCAGACGGCAUUACUGGAUGCAGACGACCCUGUAUCACAACUCCACAAAUGUGCAUUUUACCUUAAGGAUACAGAAAGAAUGUACUUGUGCCUUUCUCAAGAAAGAAUAAUCCAAUUUCAGGCCACUCCAUGUCCAAAAGAACAAAAUAAGGAAAUGAUAAACGAUGGAGCUUCCUGGACAAUCAUUAGCACAGACAAGGCCGAGUACACGUUCUAUGAGGGAAUGGGCCCCGUCCUUGCCCCAGUCACCCCUGUGCCUGUCGUAGAAAGUCUUCAGUUGAAUGGCGGCGGGGACGUAGCAAUGCUUGAACUUACAGGACAAAACUUUACUCCAAAUUUAAGAGUGUGGUUUGGGGAUGUAGAAGCCGAAACAAUGUACAGAUGUGGAGAGAGCAUGCUCUGUGUGGUCCCAGACAUUUCUGCAUUCCGGGAAGGUUGGAGAUGGGUCCGCCAGCCAGUCCAGGUUCCAGUGACUUUGGUCCGAAAUGACGGGGUCAUUUACUCCACCAGCCUUACCUUCACCUACACACCAGAGCCAGGGCCGAGGCCACACUGCAGCGCUGCAGGAGCGAUUCUCAGAGCCAACUCCAGCCAAGUGCCCUCCAAUGAGUCAAACACAAACAGCGAGGGGAAUUACACAAAUGCCAGCACAAAUUCUACCAGUGUCACAUCGUCCACAGCAACCGUGGUGUCCUAACUACCGUCUUUUUGCUGGGACUGAAACUGACUUGAAUGCAGCAAAAAGUUGACAGAGAAAGGCAAGGAUAAAGUGAACAAUCUUUUGUGGUUUCUUGGGGAAACGUUUCGUACCAGGUGAUCUAUUCAAAACUGCCAGUGCAGGUGUGACAUGCAGAGGCCACAGUACAAUGAACAACAUCAGAAUGCACAGGCUGAUGGAAAUCCAGGUUUUCAGCUGUCCCUCUCACACGCACCCCUUUUUGGUUGUUUUGGUUUGGUUUUGAUUUAAUGGCCAGGAAACAGAUAUGUGGCUGGAGCACAGGCUAAGCUAGAAGACACAAACCUAACAUAGACUUAUGGACCAAGGGACUCGCAUAAGCUUUAGUGAAAGGUACAUUUUCACCAUGCCUUUUUUAUAUCACAGUGUGUACUACACCUUGUUACCAAACAGGUUGCGCUCCCCACCCUUUGAGGGUUGGCUCUAAAGUACAUUCAUUCAGGUUCGAGCCUCACCAUGUUUGUUCAGUCUGAACACUGAACACUUCCAGGUUCUUGUGGUCUAAGGCUGGAACUUUUUUAAGCUGAAGUCUUAUGACUUUUUCAUAAGUUGGAAUUAUUUUGAUUUCAGCAAGUCAAAUUUUGUAAAGGCCUGCAUAUUUUUUUUAAGAUUAUAUGAAGUCUGCAAAAGCUUUAAAAAUGCCUCUGCCUUGCCUGCAAUACAUGCAAUGUGUGUUAACUGAGUCUGUUCUCAGAAUCUGUUGGUAGUUAUUUCUGUGUUUUCCCUUUUUUUAAAGAAAUGUAUUUAUAGUGGUAAUCUAAGAGAUGCUAACAGCUCCGUGUGGCCAUUUAGCCCUUUCUGAGUUCAUGGCAGUGAGCACUGCCGUUCGAAGGCUGUGCGCCUCUGCCUGUUCAUCAGUUCAUCUGUGUUCCAGGAUUUGUUCAGGUUUCCCCUUCCCCCAAAUCUUGUACAUAACUUGUAUUAUGUGUAAGUUAAACAUUUUAUCUUUACUUGGAAUGUUCCCAGUGAUUACAUUUCACAGGGUGUUUCCCACCUUGUUGGCAAAUGACAAAAAAUAUCAUGCGAAUUAUUUGCUACCAAGAUGGUGCCCGUAGGGUAAAAUGAGGAACAUCUCUGCAGGAUGAUUUAUUGUAUGUUUUCCUUUUUUUUUAGCCUAGCCAGAACAUCAUUAUAAUUUUAAAGACCAUAAGAUGGCUUUUAUUAGAUGAUAACUAAAUAAACUGAACUAAGUAGCCAGAAGACAGUACCUUAGAGACUGAUAGUUGUAAGUUUAUAAAAAUACAAAUGUAACUUAUAUUUCCAUUUUCCUCUUUGCCCCUUUGUUUAUUUUCCCCAGUAGAAAUGUUCUGUCCAGAUUUUUUUCCCCCUUUUUAGUUAAGCCUUGCUUGCAUUCAGGCUUGUGUGUCAGCCCUGUGUGCCAAUAUGCCAGAUUCAUUUUGUUUCCAUCCCUGCACUUUGGUUAUUCCUUGUUCAGUUUCUUGGGAAUUGAAGCAGACUCAUUGGGCUACAUUUAGUACAAGAACCACAUGUGUGAUGUUAAAGGACACAGUCUAGUGAUGCCAUCAUCCUUGAGUAAAAACUACCUCUAGAUUGUGGUAAGCUUUUACUGUCCCUUAAAACAGGAGCCACUAGUACCUUAUGAAUGCAGACUGUAACUUCUAUGGCAUUUUCUGGUGUCUUUCUGGCUCUCUGGGCUUCUGAAAGUUUUCACGUAGACCCUUAGACUCCUCUGUCAGGACCAUUGCUUUCCAGCGUUGCUGCUUUCACUCGCUGUCUCGAAGACUGUACCACUGUAAGUGCCACUGCGAACAUCUUUAAACGGCUCCUCCUUGGCUUGUCAAGGGGAAGGCCACCUGUAAGAUGUGGUGGUGACAGCCUUCCUGUCCACCCCAGGCUGCUCCUUACCAGCUGUUCUAGCCGAUUCUCUUCAGAUCAGCUACAGCCCACCUCCUCCCCGCCCCGCCUCACCCCUCCAGGCUGUCUCAGUGGUCCAGGGCAGAGCUCACUGUGGCCUUACUGAUCUAUCUCUGCAGUAACUGUUCUCCCUCAGUUGCGAUGGAAGCAGGCCCCUGCGAUCUGUUCAGAGCCUGAGCAGUUUGCAGUUCCGUUGUGCUUUCUGAGGUCCUAGAUUCAGGAUGUAGUUAAGUCGAUAACUGAGAACAGAUGAGAUGCUUUUAAAGAACAAACUCUUCCUUACCCAGCUUUGUAGCUUAAAGUAAGUUUUCAAGUUCAUGGCUUUAUUAAAAUGAACUUUGACUUUUUAAAAUGCUUAUAUCUCAUUUCGGUUCUUUUGUUUAUUUUAGUAAGAAUUGAAACAGACUAUAAGUAGUUUUCCUGUUUGUUUGUUUGUUUGUUUGUUUUUUACAAAGUUCAAGAAUGUAACAAUAAAGGCAUUUUGCUAUGGUUCUAUGUCAGACUCCUACCACAGAAUAGUGUGAACAGAUAUGUCUGUCUGCUUUACCAUGUUAUUGAUAGUUCUUUUGUCAGCUGCUUUUAUUAAAAGUCCUCUUUUGUGAAUUUGUAAAUCAAUUUCAAUAUAUGAUGUACAGGAGUCUUGUCCCCCGUUACUGUGGAAUGUUCCCCCCUGUUGAUGCUGGUCCCUUUAUCCUCUUAUCUUCUUAGAACCGGGAAUUCUUCAGUUGUGGUGUGUGGCUGUAUUUUUCUAUUCUGUUUACAGUGCGUCUACACAGCUUCUUAAAACAUGUCGAAAUGCAGAAUCCAAGAUCCACCAUGAAUUUGUCAAGAGAUUGGAAGGCAGGCCAAAACCUGAAAAUGUGGGGUGCCCUUUGUACAAUUGCAGAGUCAAGCACUAGUGGGAGUUUGAACUGGCUACUGACCGCUCUUAAACUGUGGCAGUGUCCUUGGGUACAGUUAACUAGCAGAACCUGCUGUCACUCUUCCUGCCACCAUCUUAACCUUGACAGUUUUGUUUCUUUUCUGUGUGGUGCUGGGGUCAAAUCCAGAGCCUUAGGCUUGCUAAGGCUUUUUGUUUGUUUGAUUUUUCCUUGAGACAAGUGUCUCACCCAUGGAGCCCCUCAGCAUUCUUGAAAGUCUCUGCCUUAGCCUCCAGGUCCUGUGGUACCAGGUGUGGCAGGAUGCUUUUGUCAUUAGAGAAACUGGUCUGUGUCCAACCACAGAAAAAUUCCAAUGCAGUUUUUAAUAAUUAAUCCACUAGUUAUUUAAUCAAAAUCUUUUUGUAGGGAGAGAUUCCUGUUUGAAAGAAAAUGCUAUUUGAUUAUUAACCAAGGUAACAGACACUGCUUUCCAAAGCAGCUGUGUUUCUGGUGAGUACUGAACAAAUGUGUGGUUUUCUGUGCCACCUUUGAUUCAUUUUUCAAGCACUGUUACUCGGGAUGGAUGGUUAGAAACAUGAUAUUUUAGUGUUUCUACUUAACCCUUUCAGGACCGAGCUGUAUUGCCUUUCUAUUAAUUUCCCCCUGUGUUGUGAUAAAUGUUUGCUCGUGUUCAGUCCUGUGUCAGUCCAGACGUAGGUUUGUGUAAAAGCUCAGUUGUAGCUUAUUUCUUGUACCUUGCAGCAUGUUCUACGCAUCCAGUCCUUAAGGGGUUUACUCUACAAACUGUGCACCUGCGUGUAAGGGUCAUUAGCAAUAAGAUAGAAAAUUGAGCAAGUUUAUACCAUAAUUUUGUAGAAAAAGGAAUCUGCUCAAUUCCAUAUUUCAUCCAUGAAAACUCUGCAAUACGGGCAGUUUCUAGGAAUAAAUAAAAAGGAGAUGCAAACCA